AUUUUAUUUCACUUGCCCUCAUUCAGCGAUGAGCCAGCAGCAUCAGUCGCAGCCGCAGCAGCAACGGCCUGGUGGUUACUUUGUCGAUCCGAAGCGCGGCGAAGUCGGUGAACUCCGAUCGUUGCUGCGAAACCCGGAAAUCCAGCGCGAUGUCAAGAAGCAUCGACAGGCCGUUCAAAAAGUUAUUGCAACAAUGACGCAUGGCAUUGACGUUUCGCCGCUCUUCUCGGAAAUGAUUAUGGUCUCUGCCAGCAAAGACAUUACGCUGAAAAAGAUGGUGUACCUGUAUCUGUGCAACUACGCCGAGUCCAACUCGGAGCUCUCCCUGCUGGUCAUCAACACGCUGCAAAAGGAUUGCAGAGAUGAAAACCCCAUGAUUCGAGGCCUGGCCCUGCGCAACAUGUGCUCGCUGCGCUUGUCCUCGCUUCUCGAGUACAUUCUGCCCCCACUGAAGAACGGCCUGGCAGAUCGCAGUCCUUACGUGCGAAAGACGGCUGUAAUGGGUGUUUUGAAGGUGUACUACCUCAAUCAGCAAGCCAUCCUUGACAGCGGCCUCGUUUCCACGGUCUACUCGUUGCUCACCGAAACCAGCCCAGUGGUGGUCGUCAAUUGCCUUGUCGUGCUGAACGAGAUUUUCUCCAACGAGGGCGGCAUCGAAAUCACCAAACCCCUCGCAUACAUGUUCCUCAACCGCUUGCUUGAGUUUAACGAGUGGGCCCAGGGCAUUGUGCUCGACUUUGUUCGUCGGUAUUCGCCCACCUCCGAGGAUGAAGUGUACGAGAUUUUGAACGUGUUGGACUCGCGCUUCAAGCACGCCAAUGCCGGUGUGGUGUUUGCUGCCGUCAAUGUGUUCCUGCAAAUGACAGAUAGUCUCCCGCACUUGCUGGACGAUGUGUACCAACGUGUCAAGGUUCCGUUGCUUACCUUCAUGUCCACGGGCACCCCCGAGAUGAGCUACGUGUGCCUCCAACACUUGCACAUUUUGCUGCAACGCCGGCCGCGCUUGUUCGAGUCGGACAUCAAGCUCUUCUUCUGCAAGCACCAAGAACCCACGUACGUCAAGCUGAAGAAGCUUGAGCUGCUGACCGACGCUGCCAGCGUCGCCAACAUCCAAGAUGUUGUGGAUGAGCUGACUGCCUACGUUACUGACGUGGACGUCGAAAUGGCCAGCCGCUCCAUUGCCGCUCUCAGCAAAAUUGCCAUGCGCUUUGAGUCGUGUGCCGAGUUUUGCAUCAACCAGCUGAUAUCUUUCCUUGAGCUUGACAUUAGCCACGUUUCGGCCUCCACGCUCCUUGUGCUCACCGACGUGCUUCGCAAGUUUCCCGACCGCGCAGCAGAUGUCCUUCCACAGCUUUCUCAUUGCUUGUCCUCUGUUGACAUCCCGGAAGCGCGCGCAGCCAUCAUUUGGAUGCUCGGCGAGUUUGGCGAGGCAUUGCCCGCCAGCCCUUACCUGCUCGAAACUGUUGUCGAAAAUGUCAAGGACGAGCCCUCGCACGUUGUGCGCCAGCAACUCUUGACUUCCUGCAUGAAGCUCUUUUUCAAGCGUGCGCCGGAAUGCCAAUCCAUGCUCGGCCAGCUGCUCGAGUACGAGGUCAACGACGAAACGCACAUGGAUGUCCACGAUCGUGCGCUGCUGUACUACCGCCUUCUGCGCAAUGAUGUUGAGCAAGCUGCGCGAAUUUUGUCGGUCGAGAACGGCGCUGCAGCCUUGCGCGCAACGCGCUUUGCCGAGGACGAGCUGCUCGAGACUCGCGAAAAGCUCCUGGAAGUAUUCAACUCCCUCUCCGUGGUGUACAACCAAGUUCCCGAGGCCUUCCUGAGCCAGCAAGUCCCGUACACCCAGCACAAGGCGGCCUAUGGCGAGCGAUACUUUGCAUCGCUGACCAACUCGUCCGAGGGCGGGCAGUCUACGCAUGACGAGGCUUCGCGUCGUGUCAUUACGCUGCAACACCAAAGCUCCACCGGAAAUCUGCUAGACGUCGAGGAUGACAUGACCUUUGGCCUGGAUCACGCAGCAGGCGAUGCCUCAAUUCAAUCGGCAGUGCCGAUGCGGGCUGCUGCUGCUGCUGCGGCGCCACACUCGCACUCGCUCCACUCGGAUCAAGAUUUGCUCGGCCUUGGUGCCGAGGUUGCUCCCCGCUCAUCGUCUGUUGGCGUUCAACUCGUGCCCAACGCCACGCUCGAUCCUCAGAACUUUGAGAACCUGUGGUUUGCCACCACCAACAGCGUAGAGGCAGCCAUGACCCUUUCCGUCGUUCCGACGAUGGCAGAACUGGAGCGCACAUUUGCAGCCAACAACAUUGCCACCAUGGCGUCGAGUGAAGAGUUGGAAGCGAUGCGGUUUUAUUUCUACGCGCAACUGGUUACUGGCGACUACGUCCUCAUAGAAGCCGUCUUUGACAUUCCGUCGCAAGAACUGGCUGUCACGUUGAAAGCCGACCAAGCUCCUCUCUUGGGUGAGAUGGUGCGGAUUUUCAAGAGCUGUCUGAUUGGCAAGUUCAUGAAUCCGGACGAUUGAUUUGAUUUCUUUGGAGGCAGGGAGCGUUCACGUCCCCUGCGUGUAAUGUGUGAUGUGUGAAGUGUGCCAUUUGUUGUUUUUGAGUGGGGAUUGUGUUUCCGUUGUUCCUGCUCGUUGUUUUCUUGUUGCAGUACAGUACAGUGUGAUGGAAUCGAAACACGCAAACCGUUCCCUUGAAUCGCUCCCAUUCUC